AUGUACGCAAAAGCGCCCAUAAGUCUCAUCAUCCAAAUGAUGACCGUAUCGCUGGUGUCCAUCGAAAGGCAACUAAACUACGACAGUCUGCCCUCCAAGGAGUGGCAGUCGGAGUACGACUAUGUGGUGAUCGGGUCGGGCACUGGCGGGGGUAUAGUGGCCGGUCGACUGGCCGAAAACCCACAUAACACUGUCCUAGUACUGGAGGCCGGGGUAACCCAGAGGGUGACCAGUGAUAUACCGGCCAACGCGGACGGCCUACUCGAUUCACGUAUCGACUGGCGAUUCCGUACUGAGCCUCAACAGUACUUCACGGGAGUGGGACUGGACUACAAUAUGGGCAAACUUUUAGGCGGCUCCUCGUCCUUCAAUGGUAUGCACUAUAAUCGGGGUAAUCGACGCCAUUAUGACGAGUGGGCCCAGAAGUACGGCGCCGUCGGCUGGAGCUAUGAGGAGCUUUUGCCCUAUUGGCUGAAGUCGGAGAAUAAUACCGAUCCCGCUAUAGUGGCCGCCAAUCCCGGACUACACGGAACUACUGGCCCACUGGUGGUGUCAUCCGACUUGAAUCCCAGGCCAGUGAUCCAGUUGCACGAACAGGCGGUCACCGAAUGGGGUUUCCAAAGGGUGGACAUAAACGGGCCCCGACAGGCGGGCACAAUGAUAGCCCAGUCCAACAUCGACGCCGGCACUCGUCAGAGUGUGGCCACAGCCUACCUGACCCCCAGACCCAAAAACAUGGACAUACUUACCGAGGCAUAUGUCACACAAAUACUGUUCACCAAAACACAUGAAGGGUUGACGGCUACUGGUGUUAAGUUUGAUAAGAAGGGACAGUCGCAUGUAGUUACGGCCCGCAAGGAAGUCAUACUCUCUGCCGGUAUGGUUAUGACCCCUGCGCUACUCAUGUUGUCUGGCAUUGGCCACAAAGAGCACUUGGAUAAAGUGGGCAUCGACACCCUUGUGGACCUCCCUGUGGGCGACAACAUCCAGGACCACCCAGCCUCCACCAUACACACCAUAAUCGACCCGCGAAUUACCGGUCCGCCCGGCGCCGGUCUAAACACCCAACAGCUGUUCCAACUGUUCCACAACGGCACGGGUCCCUUAUCCCGGGGCACAAACUCCAUGACAUACCUGAGCUCAGCGCACAAUCCCGACCCCGAGUGGCCCAACAUAUUCUUCUACUCGACCGCCCGUUUCAAUGGGGAUCUGGCGGUUAUGGUCAAUGAGUUCCCGUCCAAUACGGCCGCCUGGAGGGAGUACUUCGGUGUCUACAAUCGCACCUUUAUCUUGGAAUCGUCGCCUCACCUGUUCAUAUGUCGCAGCUAUGGCACCGUGAGGUUGGCCUCGAAGGACCCGUACGCCCACCCCAUCAUUGACCCCCGGAUGCUGUCCGACCCGCAAGAUUACGCCGAAAUGGUAGAGAUCACGCGAUUUGUGCUCAAGUUUUUGCUCACCUCCUCCUUCGCCAAAUGGAUUCAAUUCACACCUAAUCCCAUACCCGGCUGUCAGUACUGUCCCAAAGAGGUGCCCCUUUGGGAGUGCGAUCAAUACAUAAACUGUCUGAUCCGUAUGACCGGUAAGUCUGGUUAUCAUUACGGCGGAGGUGCCCGUAUGGGUGAUCCUAAGCGACCCGACACAGUAGUCGACCCGAGGCUUAGGGUAAAACAGGUGUCCCGGUUGAGGGUAUGCGACGCCUCUGUGAUGCCGGCGCUGCCCAACUCUAACACAAACGCCGCGGUUAUAGCUAUUGGCGAAAAGUGCGCAGAUAUGAUAGGCCAGGAUAAUGGUGGACAUGGAGGGAAUAGAGGCCUACGUGUCAGUGCUACUCAUGACACAGAGUAUGGUUAUAACGGA